AUGGUGGGACACACAGCGUCAGACGUGCCCCCCCCUACCAUGGCGGUCAAGAUCUUCUCUGCUGGGGUGGCGGCCUGCGUGGCUGACAUAAUCACCUUCCCGCUGGACACCGCCAAAGUCCGGCUACAGAUCCAGGGCGAAUGCCUGACCUCCAGUGCCAUUAGGUAUAAAGGUGUCCUGGGAACAAUCAUCACUCUGGCAAAAACAGAAGGGCCAGUGAAACUCUACAGCGGGCUGCCUGCUGGUCUCCAGAGACAAAUAAGCUUCGCCUCCCUUAGGAUCGGCCUCUAUGAUACUGUCCAGGAUUUCUUCACCACAGGGAAAGAAGCUAGUUUAGGAAGCAAGAUCUCAGCGGGCCUAACAACUGGAGGUGUGGCCGUGCUCAUUGGGCAACCCACAGAGGUGAUCAAGGUCAGACUGCAAGCCCAGAGCCGUCUCCACGGUCCCAAACCUCGGUACACUGGGACUUACAAUGCUUACAGAAUUAUAGCAGCAACAGAAGGCUUGACUGGGCUUUGGAAAGGGACUACUCCCAAUCUGACAAGAAAUGUCAUCAUCAACUGUACAGAGCUAGUAACAUAUGACCUAAUGAAGGAGGCCCUUGUGCAAAGCAGACUAUUAGCAGACGAUGUGCCCUGCCACUUCGUGUCCGCUGUCAUUGCUGGAUUCUGCACAACGGUCCUGUCCUCUCCGGUGGAUGUGGUGAAAACCCGAUUUGUUAACUCUUCACCAGGACAGUACACAAGUGUGCCCAACUGCGCGAUGAUGAUGCUCACCAGGGAAGGGCCGUCAGCUUUUUUCAAAGGAUUUGUACCUUCCUUCUUGCGACUGGGAUCCUGGAACGUCAUCAUGUUCGUGUGCUUCGAACAGCUGAAACGAGAACUGAUGAAGUCGAGGCAGACCAUGGACUGUGCGACCUAA